AAGGGCAACAGUGAGACACUUGAAACGAGUGUUUCUGACAGGUUGUCAAUGCAGCGGGAGACUUGAACUCGACUUAUUGUUACUUCACAACCCCGCUGAGAGAGAAUUUAGGUUACGAUUUCUUUCAAAACGAUCGAUUUUUCUCUAGGAAGGAACCGGUCUUUUUGAUAAUACUGCGAAUACAACUUUCAUCGUGUGGUGCAGGUGAGGGAAGGAUCGCAUCAUUCGAAGAUUGGAAGGAAAGUGUUAUUCCUGGACAGGUGUGAAUAUUGACCAGUUUCAACAUGAGAUUUGUUUUGUGGAAUUUAAUCAAUCUACUUGUGAUAUGGUCGAAUGGAGGAGUGCGUGCCGAUGGGACACAUAAAGUCAAGAGGCGCAUUGACUUAUCUGAGGAAGAGAUUAAUAUAUACACAAAUCAUCAACAUAUAGAAGAUUACGAUAUCUUUUCACCAACAUUCCAUAAAUCUGCAAUACAUAAACGAAGUAUAGACUCAUUACCAGCCCAUCCCAGAAAUCAUGAAAUCAAAUUUAGCGCAUUUGGUGAUGAGUUUCAUUUAAAACUGGAAAGAAACGUCUGGCUACAACGUCGAGGAUUGACGGUGGACAGGCUAGGGGAUGAUGGAGUGAUACAGAGAGAAAGAUUAGUCGAUGGAGACUGCCAUUAUUAUGGAAAGUUAAUAUCUCACAGCAAAGCAUCAUCGGCAUCUAUCAGUACUUGUAAGGGUUUGAGGGGUGUCAUAAGCCAUGGAGAUUCGGAAUUUUAUAUCAAACCUCUUGAACAUCACCAUGCAAACCGGAUCAGAAGAGAUUCGGAUAACCGACAUGCCAAUCCGCAUAUCAUCUACAAACGGAUAUUCGCCAAAUUACGAAAGACAACUCCACAAGAACAGGAGCAACCAACUGAAUUCUGUGCCUCGGAAGAUCCGGAAUCGUCGAACUCGGAGAUCGGGAACUAUACCCGUGCGCCUUCGACGAUGAUGUCGUCAAUGGAAGACGUGUACAUAGGUCAGAAGUACCUGGAGUUCAUGGUCAUGAUUGAUAAGAGUAUGGUUGAAUUCCAUGGUGAUGACGUCAUCAAUUAUACCAUGACGCUGAUGAAUAUUGUCUCAAGGAGAUUCGCAGAGCCUUCGUUAGGAGUAAGCAUGCGAUUGGCUAUCACCAAGUUCAUCAUUCUCGAUACUGAUACACCGAUGGUGCAGUCUAUCACAGGUCAUAAUAUCAGUCUAAAUGUUCAGGCAAACGGACCUCAGUUAUUGGAAGAGUUUUGUCGCUGGCAAGCUGGCUUUAAUCCAAUCCAUGAUGCUCAUCCUGAACAUUGGGACAUCGCUACGCUCAUUACAAGAAAAGACCUAUUUAAGCUAUCUGGAACCUACCGUGAUACAAACCUUCUUGGAAGAGCAUACAUCGGGACUACAUGUCAACGCUCAUUACAAUGUUCAGUGAAUCAAGAUGAUGGACUCACUACUGGGUCGGUUAUAGCUCAUGAAACAGGGCACAAUUUAAACCUUCACCAUGACCCUGACUAUGGGUGUAAUAACGGACAUCAUGUCAUGUCUUCAGCCAGGCCUGUCGGCGUAGAGUCAUUCAAGUGGUCUGUCUGUAGUGCACAACAGAUUAAAAUCUUUCUCACUAAUCGGUUAUCUUCUUGCCUGAAUGACGCACCUAGUAUUGAUGACCCGGAAGUAGACUUGUUAGUUGUGAAUGAUCUUCCGGGUAGACGGUACACCUUGAGGGCCCAGUGUCAGUUAGCCUACGGAGCUAGCUCAGCCGUCUGCUCCCAAUCUGUGUGUGGUAGUCUAGGUUGUCAAGAAGGAGGUUUCUGUCAUUAUUCUGGGAUCAUGAUCAUGGAAGGAACUACGUGCGCACCUAAUAAGGUCGAUUUACGAAUACAGUAG